AUGAACAACAACAACCAUAAUAAUACAAACUACAACCUAAAUUGGAACACUGUUAUAAAGCAUGUUGUCCAAUAUAUCCUUCUUACAAAGAAAGGUAUCAAUGGUUCAGUACAGAAACAGAUACAAAUACAAUGGCAUAAACCACCUAAAGGUUGGUACAAAUUUAAUAUUGAUGGUGCUUUCCCUGGAAGUAAUUGCAAAGGUGGUAUAGGUGGAGUAGCAAGAAACAACACAGGAAGCUGGAUACUAGGUUUUCAUAUGAAGGUCCCAACAUUAUCAGCAACUCAAGUGGAGCUCCAAGCCUUGAGAGAAUGCCUGCAAGUUAUAAUGCAGCGCAAUUUAAUGUUGGUGGAGAUUGAGACAGAUGCAUCAGAGAAUAUCAAUAUGAUAGACAAUGACCACCCUACUUACACAAAACUAAUCUAUGAAUGUAGGUGGUUGAUGCAACAAAUAAGGAGGACGGGCAAGGUGGUACUCAGGCAUAGCUUCAGACAAGGGAACAGGGUGGAACAUGCCUUGGCAAAAAUGGCAUUGAUGCAGACCAACAUAAAUAAAAGCUCUCUUUUGGCAACUCCAUCAGAACCAGCGAUACAAAAAUAUUAA